ACACAAAUAUAAUUUUUAUAAUUUUAAAAUGAUGUAUCUGAAAGUUUGAUCAUUUUUGCCCAUUGAAAAGAUCGAGACAUUACCUUAAUAAUGCAUUUAUCAUCAUGCAUCUGAUUAAAUACAAUUAAAAUUGUUAUCAAAAUAUAAAAUAUUGUCGUUCAAAUUUUUUGUUGCUAAGCUUUAGCAUAAGCACCUCAGAGUUUAUCGUCAUUUUAACAGCUUUUUAUUUUGAAGUGAGAUAGCAUUGGCAUGGGGCGUAACAUCAUCCCCAAACAAGAUCACAAAAAUUGGCACAGGCGAUGACAGAUGUAUGGGGUUUAAUCGUGUGGUCAUUUUGGUUUACAUGUUUUGUCAUAGAGUAAUGAGCCCCUAAUUACAAUGAUUCAUUGAUCAAAGGCAUUAAUUUGACUUUUUGACGAUAAAAUUUGAACUAAAGCUUUUUAAGAAAAAUCAAUGGCAGGGUUUUAAAGAACUCAAUGGUGUCAUUAAAUUAAUGUUAAAAUGGUGUUCAUGGCUGCUCAGGUAAAAACUUGUCAAUUUCUCAAAUCAUGUGCCUCAGACAGUUUACAGUCUUUAUCACUAAGUAUACCACUUAAUGUGAAAAGGGCCUACUACUGCUAGUCCUAAAGGUUUGAUUACAGUAUUUGUAUAGUUUUAUAUUACCAGAUGAUAAGAUAGGACUAUUCAAUUUUGAGGAAACUAUUUGAUGCCUGUAAAAAGGUGAACAAGACUAUCAUCAAAAUAAAUAAACAUUAAGGGUUCCAGACAACAACCUUUAAUCUAAAUAAAAAUUACUAACACCAUAUUAACCAAACUUCUUCACAGAAAUGUAUGGUUAUUGUUAGGGAAUCAGUUAGGAGGGGAGGGAAGGGGGUAGGGGAGGAGCAGGAAAGAAAAAAAAAUUGAACAGACUGAAAUUGUCACCCCUUGUUUUGAUAGCUUAUAAACUCCUCCUAGACAAACAAACAAAAGGCCAAGGUCUCAGAAAAGCUACAUUUAAAAAGCCAUACUGAGGGAUUCGACUAAGGUGGCCAAACCCAACAUGAAGUCUGCACUUGCCUCAGUUUUGGUCAUCACUGUAUUUUGGUCAGCACAGGUACACUGCCUGCCUCCUAUACAUCUUAACAUCUCUGGGCCAGACCAUGGGUGUACCUGCCCAAAAUACGAGUCAUGCGCCACGGAAAUGUCUCAAAAACUGCUAGAUGUCAGCAACAAGUUCCACACACAAAUAUCCACCAUGCAGACGUUAUUGAUGCAGGAAACACUGGCACGCCAGAUGCUUGAAAAUAAGUUCACAGGGUUGGAGAAAAAAAUGACUGAAGCCAUUCAAAAGUUGAGCGCCACGGUUUCCAGUCAACAGCAAAACAUUACCAUAUUAAAUGAUUUCAUGGCAACCCUGAAUAAGUGGACGUUGGUUUUCAAGGCAGUGGCAGGUGGCGGGGAAGACAUGUAUCAGCUAUGGAGCUCAGAUAGAACUCUGAAUGAAAACAUUCCCCAAGCCAAGUCCUUGACAAGCUCACUGAAAGUACACUACAAGUCUCACCUGGUCAACAACUGGAAGAAUGAGAAGAUUAAAUAUGUAAAAGUGGCCUUCUACAAGGGUGGUGUGGAGCGCAUUGUUCUGAUAUUUGACGCUACAGGCAGCGACAAGAUGUCAUGGUUUGACAAAGGCAGAUUGAUAUCUUCCCCAUAUUCAGACAUUGACACUGCUUCCCAAUCUACAUCUGGCUACUAUUUCAGCAUUCAAGGCUUUGUCAGGCCCCCAUACGCCCGUCAUUUUCACAUAAAUAAGUCCCACAAUGGGUGCAGCAAUGACAUAGGAUGGAUAGCGGUUAUCAACAAGCCCGGAUGUGCAUACGAAGCCUUCGACCGAUAUCCCGCCUUCCUGUACGCACCAGGUCACAAUGCUGUUGUUUUUUCAAGACGUAGGUUUCUUUUUUUUUAUAUUAUUUAUUCUGUCAAUGAAGUACCAUGGGUCAGUUUCACAAGCUUGAUAAUUAGCUUUAAUUUUUAGACCAAAAUAUGGUCCAUCUCUCUUAAAGAGAAACUAAAAUUUUGUUAAUAUGGCCAUUUACU